AUGGCGGACGAACAGGAAUUGCAACAGUUAGAAAACUUGUGUAAGCAGCUCUAUGAGACUGUUAAUGAGAACAUUCGUUCGGAGGCAGAGAAGACUCUUAUUGCAUUUUCCGAUUCUCCUGAUUGCCUGAACAAAUGCCAGCUGCUUUUGGAGAGAGGAAAUUCACCGUAUGCUCAACUACUUGCAGCUACCACAUUGACAAAGUUAGUGCAUAGACCAAAUGUCACCUUACCUGUUGAGCAGCGCAUUGAUAUUUGUAAUUAUGUGUUAAAUUAUUUGGCUACAAGACCCAAACUGGCUCACUUUGUGUCACAGGCCCUUGUCCAGCUCUUUGCCAGAAUAAUUAAAUACAGCUGGUUUGAUGUUCAUAAAGAGGAAUGCGUUUUUCGCAAUAUCGUCCUAGAAGUCGGCAAGUUCAUUCAGAGUGGCUCCACGCAUCAUGUUAUGAUUGGUGUCCAGUUACUGUCCCAGCUUGUGUGCGAGAUCAACCAAGUCAGUGAGUCAGAAGCCAAUCGUUCUUUGACAAGGCACAGGAAGAUUGCCUCAUCAUUCCGAGAUACACAGCUGUUUGAGAUAUUCCAGAUGGCCUGUUCCUUGCUGCGGUCUGCAGUGGGAAACCUAAAGUCACUUGACUUUAAUGACACCAGUCAGCAUUCCCUCUUGUCCCAUUCGCUCCGACUGGCACACAGCUGUUUGACCUUUGACUUCAUCGGAACAUCAACUGACGAAUCAUCAGAUGACCUGUACACGGUGCAGAUUCCCACAAGCUGGAGGUCAGCGUUUCUUGAUGUUGGGACACUGGAGCUGUUUUUUGAGUUAUACAAUGGCUUACCUUCAUCAUUAUCAUCUUUGGCCUUAUCUUGCUUGGUACAGAUUGCCUCUGUGAGGCGUUCAUUGUUUAACAACACAGAAAGAGCCAAAUUUCUCAAUCAUCUGGUCAUUGGUGUCAGGGGCAUCUUGGAAAAUCCACAGGGUCUAUCAGAUACUAGCAACUACCAUGAAUUCUGCCGACUGUUAGCCCGGUUGAAAUCAAAUUAUCAGCUUGGAGAACUAGUCAAAGUAGAUAACUAUCCAGAAGUCAUCAAGUUGAUUGCAGAGUUCACCGUCACAAGUCUCAGGAUGUGGCAGUUUGCACCUAACAGUGUUCAUUACCUACUUAGUCUUUGGCAGCGCAUGGUGGCAUCAGUGCCCUAUGUGAAAGCCACAGAACCACACCUGCUGGAGACAUACACACCUGAGGUCACAAAAGCCUACAUCACAUCCCGGUUGGAGUCUGUGCACGUUGUUGUUAGAGAUCAAAUUGAGGACCCAUUAGACGACCAUGGACUCAUAGCCCAGCAACUUGAGCAGCUGUCCACAAUCGGCAGAUGUGAAUACGAUAAAACCUGCUCACUCCUAGUACAGCUGUUUGAUGAGUCUGCCCAGCGAUACCAAGAGCUGUUAUCGUCAGGACCAUCCAUUGAACUCGCCAUAGAGGAAGGUCAGUUGACGUGGUUGGUUUAUAUAAUUGGUGCUGUCAUUGGGGGUCGUGUGUCAUUUGCCAGCACGGAUGAGCAUGAUGCUAUGGAUGGAGAACUGGUCUGCAGAGUGUUGCAGCUGAUGAAUUUGACAGAUUCCAGAUUACCCCAAGGUGGCUGUGAAAAGUUGGACUUAGCUAUCUUGAGUUUCUUUGAGCAGUUCAGGAAAAUUUAUGUUGGGGACCAAGUCCAGAAAACCUCUAAGGUAUAUCGACGACUGUCUGAAGUGUUAGGCUUGAGUGAUGAGUCCAUGGUUCUUAGUAUGUUCAUUGGCAAAAUUAUCACCAACUUGAAGUACUGGGGACACAGCGAACAGAUCAUCGCCAAGACCCUUCAGCUGCUCAAUGACUUAUCCGUGGGCUACAGCAGUGUGCGCAAGCUGGUGAAGCUGGAGGCAGUGCAGUUUCUGCUGAACAAUCACACUAGUGAGCACUUUCCCUUCUUGGGAAUUAACACAGCAAAUGGAGCACUUAGUGACAUGAGGUGCCGGACUACCUUCUACAUGGCCUUGGGUCGUCUGCUGCUGGUUGACCUGGGAGAAGAUGAGGAGAGGUUCUAUAUGUUUAUGAUGCCUUUAACUACUCAUUUUGAAAUUGUAGCUGGCUUAUUGGCCAACCCGAAUGCUUCCAUGGGUAUGGAAGAAGCUAAGAGAUCACUCAUUGGCUUGGCCCGAGACUUACGAGGAAUUGCUUUUGCCUUCAGUAACAAAACUAGCUACAUGAUGCUGUUUGAUUGGAUCUACCAGACGUAUAUACCCAUGUUUCAAAGAGCAAUAGAACUCUGGUACCAUGAGCCUGGAGUCACCACACCCAUUCUCAAGUUGUUUACAGAACUCGCACAAAAUAG